AUGUCGAUUACCAGAAGAUCAAAUGCUUUGGACUUGGAGGCGACCGCCCUGGUUAUCAGUGACGAUGCAGAGUAUCAGCAGGGACUGAAAGAUGAGUUAGAGUGGUUGAGAAGCCGUACGGAGAAGGUAACGAUGCAGGACUUCGAUGCGAAGGAGAGGAAGGUUGCACUGGAUGUGAAGAUUGGAGUUUGCCUCUUGGGCGACAAGCUAUCAAUGGGCGCAAGCGAUUCCAAGCUCGCUUUCCGGAGGGGUGUCUUUAGGCUUUACGAGGAGCGCAAUAUCCCUGCCGAUGACGAGUACUGGACACAGUUCUGGCAACUUCCUGAAACCGCAAGCGAUGUCUUCACUCUCUUCUCCACCGCCGACCUUCGACGAGUCCGCGACACAGCUCCUGAGAACCUCGACAACUUGAUCUUAGCACUAUGUAAUCACUUAUUCGAACUCCGACAACAUCCUCAGUUCCCUCAUCCCGAACUCGCACCAGCAAAGGAGGCACUGAAUUGUAUGAGAGUAUUAACACGGAUCUUCCCCUUCGUGUAUGAGAAGGCGGAGCUGGAGGAGUGGGAGGAGAAGUUCUGGUGGGGCCCCAGGAGAGGAGCAGUGAGUCGGGCGAAUAGUAUGGCGGCGUCUGAGACGGCUGAUGGAGGAGCAGAACCACAAAGGACACCGUCAAGCCGAAGUUGGUCGACCCAAUCAAGGUGA